AUGGAUUUGUGGCGACAUGGCACGGAGGGAUUGAAUACCUACAAGAGUUGCCAUCAAAUGGAACUAGGUUCUGGAAUGCUAAUACAAUUGCCCCUUUAUGAGAACUCUGCAGUAUACGCAGACCAUAUAACAUUCAGAAGUUUCUGCUGCGAAAGAUUCCCCGUCUAUGUAUCUACGGUAUUGAGAAACAAUUCCCCGUAUAAAUAUCUUAAUGAAGUGUCCAAAGACUGGCAAACCUUCAUUCAAGUAAGCGAUUAUGUCGGGGGUUCUGCUGAGUAUGCAAUUUAUGCUCUGAUAUUGUCCAUAACGUCCAAUUUUGUUAUCACGGUGUUUGUUACUGUGAUAUGUUGCAUAAAUAUUAGCGGACGUGCUUAUAAGAGAAUUUUACAGCUAUUGAGGGUUGCCUCGUUGUUAGCCUCGCUAAACUUGACGAUUUUUAUAACCAAAGUGUUGCGCGGAUUAGAGAAAGAGCACAAUUUAUAUGGUAUUGUUCGGGCUCACUCCAUCAUGCACAUCUUUUCAGAUGAUAUGACAUUUGUUGUUUUAGAUUUUCUAUCUACGUUAAUGUUUCAAUUUUGCCAAGUCGGCAUUGUCAUUAGAUUAUUUCAAAGAGCUCAGGAAAAGAGAAUUAUUUUUUUUGUUGGUGUGAUCCUAACAAUGACUGCGAAUAUUUUAUGGGUUGUACCACCGUUUACUGACCAUUCUACGAGACAUAGAAAUGAUUGGCAAAUCCUGCGACCCUUUGUGUACCUUUUUCGUAUAGCUAUUGCUACGUCAUAUGCAUCGAUUGUCAUUUAUCAUAUCUGGCAGAAAAAGAAACUGUGGUUUAAGUUCAACCAAAUGGGGUUACUCACUUUGUUGACGGUCCUUGUGGUACUUUUAUUACCGGGGUUUUUUCUUGCCGAUGUUUCAAAUUUAUGGAUAUCUGAGCUGGGUGAAGUGUUCAACACCACAUGCUAUGUUACUUCAACUGUAAUCACAUGGGAAUGGUUAGAUAGAUUGAAUGUUCUAGAGAGAAAAGAAGAGGCACAAAGUAUUUUGGGAAGACCCAUUUUUGAGGAGGAGCAACAAGAUUACAAAUUUGCAAAAUAUGCUCUAAAAGUUCAAAACGCUUUAACUAGAAGGGAAUCUCCUGGUGCAUCAAUGGAUCUAAAUGAUACAUCGAAUAAUUCGGAAGUAUGUGAUUUACAAACAAUAUCGCGCUACGACCCAGAAGAUCAGAUGUUGGAAGGCAGAAGUAUUGAUCAAAUGCACUUCAACGAUAAAGGCACCUAUAGAGAUCAAGCGCUUAAGAAAUUGAGUUAUACCCGCGAUAAGAUUUUAUACUUCACGGACCAGAUUGUUCAGAAAAGUGUAGGCCACAAUAAUAACAGCAGUAGUUCGAAAAGUGAAAAAGUCAAACAACGGAAGGCGAUGGUCCGGAAACGGUUAGGAUUGGACCAAAAUGGUGUAUACAUUUAUUCGACAAAGGAAGUUAUUUUCAAUUCUGACCAAGAUGAAGAUGUAGAAGAUGAGGAUGUAGAAAAUGAGGAUGAGAAGACAGAAAAUAAGAAUGUAAACGACAAUCAAAAUAAUGACAGCACCGUUGCCACGUUUACCAGCAACAAUAUAAAUCAUUUCUAA